AUGCGACCUCAAACAUUCCAAAUCUUGAAAUCACCUCUCAGGCAACUUGCCCUCAGUCAAACAUCCACGCCUAUUCGGACUCACUCGACCCACACGCGCACAGCAUUUGGCGUAAACACUCGAGGAAAAGCCCUGCGCGCAACCCCGACUAUUCCCUUCCAGGGUGCUUUCUUUGGCUCGAUCAGUAAGCAGACAGACGCGAACAACAUGUCGUACCCGGAUAAGCGCAGCGAGGAUCAGUGGAGGGCAGUCCUGAACCCUGAGCAAUUCCGCAUCCUCCGCGAGAAGGGCACUGAGCGCGCUGGUACCGGCGAAUAUGACUCGCACUACCCGUCGCAAGGCGUUUACAACUGCGCUGGCUGCGACGCGCCUCUGUACAAGGCCGACCACAAAUUCAAGUCCGGAUGUGGCUGGCCCGCGUACUUCGACUCGAUCCCUGGGGCCGUCAAGAGACAUGUGGAUAACACCUUUGGAAUGAAGCGGACUGAGAUCGUCUGCAGCAACUGUGGGGGACACCUUGGGCACGUUUUCGAGGGCGAAGGGUACCCAACACCUACGGAUGAGCGCCACUGUGUGAACAGCAUCAGCCUGCGCUUUUCCGAGGAUGCUGGGGCCGAUCCUAAGGCGAAGGCAUAA